CUCGGUGGUGGAUUGAGCCGGUCUGAAGGCGCUUCCCAGAGGGCUGCGCGUCCUCCGCUGCCCGGCGCUGUCAUGGCGGGCUUGCUGAAGAAGACUACUGGCCUCGUGGGGUUGGCUGUGUGUGAGAGUCCGCACGAGAGGCUGAGAAUAUUAUAUACAAAAAUUCUUGAUGUUCUUGAGCAAAUCCCUAAAAAUGCAGCAUAUAGAAAAUAUACAGAACAGAUUACAAAUGAAAAGCUGGAUAUGGUUAAAGCGGAACCAGAUGUUAAAAAAUUAGAAGACCAGCUUCAGGGUGGCCAAAUAGAAGAGGUGAUUCUUCAGGCUGAAAAUGAACUAAGUCUGGCGAGAAAAAUGAUACAGUGGAAACCAUGGGAGCCUUUAGUGGAAGAGCCUCCUGCCAACCAAUGGAAAUGGCCAAUAUAAUCAUCAAAUGUGUUGAAGGGAAACUGAUGUAAUUAAAUGUUCUCUUAUAUCAAAAAUGUUUCCAUAUUAUUACAUCUUAUAUUCCAGAAAACUGAUGACGCAGAUCAUAUUUAGGAGACUUGUUAAAACUGAUAAUUACUGUAAUAGGGACUUGUGAAUUUGUUUUUAUUGAAGUAUUCAUUCAAAUUAUUUCAAAGAUGAGAUUUUCUAAUACAGAGGUUCUAGGAAGAUUUGAAAGUUAAUUGGAAAAGUUCCUAUAUGUUUCAGUGCACAGGCCAUAUAUUUGAUAGGUGAAAUAUUUUUAGUAGUAUCUUCAACACAUUUAAUUUUUUAUUCUGAAGAAACUGGAAAGGAACUUAUUGCUUAAACAAUUGUAUAGGUCACUGAAGUGAAAUAAAAACCAUUAAGUUAGAAUUCACUGUACAGUUGAGGGAAUUGAUUUUGUAUUUGAAAGAAAGAUUUCUUAUUUACUGUGGUAGUUGGAAAACUUUUUUGGGUCUCAUUUAAGGAAGUUAGGUUUCUGGUCCUUAAUCAAACUACAUUGGGAUAGGGAAUUUCUGUAAAAGAAGAGAUUAAGAGUUUCUAAAGUUUAUCUGGCAUAUGGAUAGGCUUAUAUUCAAAACACCUUAGUUGUAUGGUUAUAACUUCCAAGUGGAAUCACUAAGUAGUUUUUACUAGGUUUCCAAUAUGAGUGUAGCUGGGUCUCAAACAGAAGAUAAGGCUGUUCAAGGAAAGAAGCAAUUGACAAGUUUAAGGUUAAACAAAAAUAAAAUUACUUUUCAGGCAUUCCUCACCUUUUUAGCCCCAUAUCAUUUCUAAAAACUUAGUUAAAUUUGGUAUUUCUUAACCUUCAAAGAUAGUACUUUUGGGUGUUUGUGUAUGUGCAUGUGCAUUUUGCUAUGCUAAGUGGAGGCAACUUGACCUUUCAGAGUGGCCUAUUUCCUUCUCUGUAAAAGAAGUAGAAUUUGUGAUUUAUAAUUUCCGUCUCACUUCCAGACAUUUGCUUUAAUAUAUGAUAUAUUUGUUGAGAUCAAAAUAUAUGAUUGAUCCUAAGGCAUGCUUGCAUAGAUGCUUUCAGGAUAAUUUUUAACCAACCAAAAAACCAGAAAGGUGGCUUGAUAUGCCUUUGUCAUAUUUUCAGCCCCGCUUCUCCCAUGAUUCUUGGACAUCUUAUAUAUUUCACCAACAGAGCCAAUAAAAGGGGACCUUAUUGAUGUUUGCAUUAGAACUGUUGGUAGUAGUAUAGUAGUAGUUAUAGUAAUAAUGUAACAACAAUAGCUAAUAUUUAUUAAGGUUUGCCAGGCACUAAGUACUUGACUGAUUUCACUUAUUAAAUCUGCACUACAACUAAGAGUGAGAUCCUGAAAAUUAUCUCCAUUUUACAGAUAAGGAAACCAGAAUCUAAUGUGAGUAGUGCUCCCCUGCAAUUGCGCAAUAUGGGAAUCCUGGAGAAUUUGAGGCAAAGUGAUGGAGUAAUAACAUACCCAAGGUCACAUAAGUAGUAAGAUAGGGAGCUACAUUUUGAACCUAGACAGUCUUGCUCCAGAACUCAUGCUUGUAAUCAUUUUAUUAUUCCUUAUGAAUACUUGAGAUGUUACUCCUGUCUGUACUAUAUGGGCUGUACCAAAAGAACCUAGAUCCUGCUUUCUUGAGUUUUUCUGUCAGAGUACAUGUAAAGAAUUAAAUAUGAAUAGAAGUA